CAAUGAGUCUCAGGUGUCUGAGAGGGUGAAGAAGCUGUACAACCUGACACCACGAGAAAUACGCUCCCUGCCCAGCUAUGAUGACCAGAACUUCUACGUGGCGCCCACUGAGGGUGGCGAGUACAUCCUGAAGAUCAUGAACUCGGAGGACAGUAAGAACACCAGCUUAAUUGAGGUGCAGACGUACGCCAUGUCGUUCGUCCACCAGAAUGGACUUCCUACUCAAACGGCCGUUCCUACCACCUCAGGAGAGCCCAUGAGUCUGGAAGAAAUGGAUUGUGGAUACGGCUGUAAGAAGUACCUCAUCCGGCUGUUGACUUAUUUACCAGGGGUGACCAUCUCUAAGGUUCCUUUAACCCCUGAGUUGUUAUAUGAAGCUGGUAAAGUGGCAGCUAGAUUGGAUGAAAUCUUUCAAAAGAUGGAACACCCUAAUCUCAGCAUUCUACAAAGGGAGAAAUUUAUAUGGAGUCUGUCUAAUGUAGUCCUUUUGGAGGAAUACCUCUGGGCGUUGGAUGGAGAUCCUCUUCAGGAGAUUGUGAAGUCUGUCAUCCAUCAGUACGAGACCUUCGUAGAAUCCAAACGGCUCAACUUUCGCAAGUGCAUUAAUCACGGCGACUUCAAUGAACUCAAUGUACUCGUGCAGCCCGAUGAUAGAGGUGGCCACCAGAUUUCUGGCAUCCUUGACUUUUCAGACAUGAACUGUGGCUACUACGUCCAUGAAGUUGCCAUCACCAUAAUGUACAUGAUGAUAGAGCACCCUGAACCCGUUCAGGUGGGUCGACCCGUCCUCGCCGGCUUUGAAAGCGUCUUUCCCCUCAACGAGGACGAGAGAGAUUGCCUGUAUUUGCUGGUGCUGGCCCGCUUCUGCCAGUCUUUUGUUUUAGCUUGUUACUCUGUGACGAUGCACCCUGAAAAUGCAGAGUACCUGAUGAYUUCGUCCAGGAAAGGGGUCAAGAUUCUCCAACAACUCUGGGAGCUUGGAAAGCAGCAGGUGGAGAAGGUUUGGUUCAUGCGUUGUGAAUGACUUCCAGCUACUACCACACCAAAAGAAGCUCAUUGUCUCUAACACKGACUGUGUUGUAGCCAUGUUAUACGUUAGCUAAGGUUGWUUAGCAGUGGCAGCCAYCUUGAUUUACACACGAAACUUUCACCAAAUUCUGUUGAAUGGUUCCUGAGAUAUUUUGCUAACAGACAGACAGUGUUGAUUAUAAAAUUUAAUUUCUGUUUUAAACAAAAGCUGUGUCUCAYUAUAGGCGUUUCAGCCCACUUAGAUUAUGGCCCACGUAGGCCGCCAGUAUAGAAGAAGAAUAGAAAUAGCCUUUAUUGUCCCGCCGAGGGGAAAUUCAGGUGUCACAGCAGUAUCAGUACAGAGUUUCACACACUAGUUACUUUACAAACUAUAGAUAGUACACACAAAACAA